AUGAUCCCUGACAAUCACAGCACAUCAGUUAAACGUCUACAUUCAUUGAUUACACGACUUCGUAAGGAACCAGAAACUUUGAAACAAUAUGAUGAAGUAAUCAAGGAUCAAAUUGAGAAAGGAGUUGUGGAAAGAGUGACAGACACGAAUGACGGAGAAAAAGUAGGGCACGUUCACUACCUACCUCAUCGUGAAGUAAUGCGAUCAGAUCGAUCCACUACAAAACUUCGUGUUGUCUACGAUGCUUCUAGCAAAGGACCCAAAAAUGUUGGUCCAAGUCUCAAUGACUGUCUUUAUACUGGUCAAAGUCUUACACCACUGUUAUUUGACAUCCUUCUCAGAUUUAGAACACAUAGACUAGCAAUCACUUCAGACAUCGAAAAAGCCUUCUUGAACAUCAGUAUUUCUCCAGAACACAGAAACUUUCUCAGAUUCGUGUGGGUGAAUAACAUAGAAGAUGAAGAUCCAGCAAUUGAAGUUUUUCGUUUUACUCGUUUGGUGUUUGGACUUACAUCAAGCCCUUACAUCUUGAAUGCUACUAUACGUCACCAUUUGGAUCAGUAUGCUCAACAGGAUCCAGGAUUUGUAAAGGAAGUUGUCAACUCUUUGUACGUUGAUGAUUAUACAUCAGGAGCUGAUGAUCUCAAAUCUGCAUCUGAACUAGCCCUCAAGGUAAAACAGAGAAUGCUGGAAGGAGGAUUCAACAUGAGGAAGUUCACAAGUAAUUCUACAGAACUGAUUCAAGAGCUUCAGGACAUUAAACUGUUUAGCAAUAGUUUAAAUCCUACACUAACACUGAAUGCCAAAUGUUAG